AUGCAUCUGGCCAAGAUCUGCUUUAGCGCUGCUCUGCUCUCCACUACGGUCCAUGGCCUUCCAACCGCACCUCAGGGUCGUGGCAUACUCGAUGAAGUUGGCAUCCUCGACGAUAUUCUCGUUUUUGAUUCGCCCGCAUACCCAGACCCAGCGAAUGCAGGAAACACGUUGAUAGAUCUGCAAACCUUCGUCUCCCUUCGCCAAAUCGACUUGGGCGGACUGGCUGCAGCACUUUCGGCCGCCCUGACUACAUUGGGCGUGAAUGUGGGGGAUAAAUUGGGCAACUUGCAAGAGCGCGUCAAGCUGAUAGGUGCAAUUGGACUUCCUGGCAAGUCGACCACCGUGAGUAUUGCCGGAUGUUCUGCGAAAGCGAAGACGGGAGAAACAUCUGGAUCCGACUUGGGAAUGUCCUUGAAGACCGGUGUGUCGUUGGGCGCUUGUAAUGCUGGAAGGGAAUUCGAAGCGACUGCGACCCUGGGCGGCCUGUUUAACUCGAGAACUGUCAAAGCUUCGGUGUUUUCUUCUCCUGAUUCGGGAUUCGGUGUCAUAUCUGAUAUCGAUGACACAGUCAAGAUAUCUAACACGCUUGACAAGCUUGCUCUCCUCAGGUCGACUCUGCUAGAUGACCCCAAACCAGUACCCGGCAUGCCAGAGCUUUAUAGUUCACUUUCACAAUCCCUCGACGACCCUCAAUUUGUGUAUAUCACUGCUUCCCCUUUCCAAUUAUACCCAUUCCUGAACGACUUUUUGGAUACCACUUAUUCGUCUGCGAAAGGCCCUAUUUUCACUUCGAACCUGACCAUCGCAGACCCCAGUGAAAUCAUCCAGUUUGUUACCAGCAGUAACACCGAAGCGUUCAAGUUGGCGUCCAUUGACCGCCUCAACGGUAUGUAUCCCAACAAGAAGUGGCUGGCAAUCGGCGAUUCGACCCAGAAGGACCCAGAAGUGUACGCUCAAUCCAUCAGGAAACACGGAGAUUGGAUCGCGUGCGCAUGGAUUCGCCGUGUCGAGGGCGCAAACAACACAGAUGCAAGAUUCGCGGCUGCUUUUGCAGACAUUCCAGCCUCUAGAUUCAGGAUAUACACGGAUGCUGAUAUACCAGGCCUCGCUGACAUCGACGUAGCUGGAGGAGAGUGCUAG